UUGCAGUUUUCAUUUGACCAUUGCUCACAUUGGAUGGUUUAUUCUGGUAAUCUUUUGUCGUUUCGAGGUUUUAACCGAAUUGUUGAUUUAAUUUUUGUUUUGCUGACCGUUUAAUUAAAAUUUUAAUUUUGAAUUAAAUUCGACUUCGUUUUUGACUAAGAUACUUUUCAGUGAAGAAAUUUUAUCUAACUCCAGAAGUACUAUUGUGAAAUUGAAUGGUUAGCUAUACUUUGACGGAUCUAAAUGAAUACAUAUGUUCUCCUCUUGCAUGAGUAGUUGUUGACGUAACUAAAUCAAUAUGGUUGUCGUACAAUAUAAUGAAAACAUAAUAAUGUUAUCAACCUGCAUACAGUACAGCAAAAUCAGAUAAGACAUGGCAGCAAGCUAUAUAUCGUUUACUUUCGAUAAGCCUCAUAAUAUGAUAAUAUGAGUUAUAGUUAGUUGAAAAAUGAGUUCGGAGAGAUUACUUGGUAGUAAUAAUAACUACAACAACGACGCGGACAACGACAAUUCUAGUUCUAGUGAAAUGUCACUUCGAUUUCGAGGUAGACUUUGCCAGUUUUUCCUAAUUCUCCUAUUUUUAGGAGGCGGACUUUUGUUUAUAAUACAUUUUCUGCGUCAGCAACCAGCUAUAAAUCAAUAUGAAAUUUUGAAAAAUUACAAUCGAAAUCACAGAUAUUCGAGAUUAACACAAGGACAACCUCGAUCGAUAUUGCUAUGGAAUGCAUUUUUCGGUGAUCGUCGAUGGAAACUUCCCGACGACACCUUGGGACCGGAUUACUUUAGAGAACAACGAUGUCCGGUGGUGAAUUGUGUGCUGACAAAUAAUAAGGAUUUUCUACCUGCCAUUGAAAUGUUCGACGCUAUUGUCUUUCAUGUAGCUGAACAUUUUCCAUUUCUUCAACCGGUGCCGAGGCGUCGAAAUCCUUAUCAACAGUAUGUGUUUGCAUUGAUGGAACCACCAGGUGAAACCAAACACAUUCUUGGUAAUGAGGAGAGAUUCUACAAUUUGACCAUGACUUAUCGACUGGAUUCGGAUAUAUUUUGGCCAUAUAUGUUUUUUGAGGAUAUCGAAAGUGGGUAUAUAGUGGCUCCUAGUUUAAAUCCUACUUGGCGUACAGUGGAAUCUAUGGAAUCUUCAAAUGAUGAACAAUUGGAUAAAUUAAUAGCUGGAAAGAAGAAAUUUGCUGCAUGGUUUGUUUCACAUUGUGAUACUCUAUCGAAACGGGAAGAAUUGACCAAAAGUCUACAGAAAUAUGUUAAUGUUGAUGUUUAUGGCGCUUGUGGAACGUUAAAGUGUCCACACAACUCAUCUAAAUGCGAUCAAAUGAUCGACAGUAAUUACAAAUUUUAUUUUGCCUUCGAGAAUUCAUUGUGCCUUGAUUAUGUAACUGAGAAAUUCUAUAAUGCCUUAAAUCGUCAAGUGGUGCCAGUUGUUUUUGGUGGAGCUGAUUAUACAAAAAUUGCACCACCUCAUUCUUAUAUUAAUGCAGAAAAAUUCAAAACUGUCAAAGAACUUGCCGACUACCUUAUUUACCUGAACAAUCAUCCCAAAGAAUAUGCACGCUAUUUUUGGUGGCGUAAAUUCUACAGACUCACGUCACGAUCACCAUUUUGUGAUUUGUGUUCGAAAUUGAAUGCACCAGCUGCAACUGAAAAAGUACAAUUCUAUGAUGACAUCGAAAAUUGGUGGCUUGGUGGAUCUUGUUAUUUUGAACCAAAAAUAUUGCUAUAAUUUUAUUUAUAUUUUAAGAUUAAAGUAUAGAUGAUA